AUGCCGCUCGUCAAUGUUGGAGGGCGUGUCUUCCAAGCCUCAGAGGACUUGCUGCGGCACUGCGGCAAGCUACUUGUGCGGGUGUUCGAUGGACCCAUCCCAGUUGACCGUGAUGAGGAGGGCCGGGUAUUCUUGGACAGAGAUCUUGAUCUUUUUGAGUGGGUUCUGCGUUUUGCGCGCACCGGUGAGAUUAGCAAAGACUUCCCUGGGGCUCUUCAGGCAGAGUUCGAUUACUUGCUCUUGGAUUGGCCAGAUGCCUGCGCGCGUUGCAAAGUGCGCUUUGACAGUUCUUGUGCGAGUUUCGCGUCGCAGGAGCUUUGUGAGGAGGUGCUUGGCGGCACUGCCUUCGUGUUGGUUGCGCUCCUGAGCCCAGUUGCACCAGCGCUGAAGCCGGUCCAGGCGGAGGAAGCCCAAGUUGUCCAGACAAAAGAAGAGAGGAAGGCGGAGCAGGAAAGGAUCCGCCAGGAAGCCAUUGCAAAGAGGAAAGAAGAGGAACAGCGUCGGAAGGAGGAGGCCGAGAGACGACGUGAGGAGGCUGAGAAGGUUCGGGCAGAGGCAGAGGCCAAGCGAAAGGAAGCCGAGGAAAAGCGAAAGGCCGAGGCUGAAGCUAAGAGAAAGGAGGCUGAAGAAAAACGCAAGGAAGAUGAAGAAAAAAGAAAGGCAGCAGAGGAGGAGCGCAAGGCUGCAGAGGCCAAGAAGAAAGAAGAGGCCGAGAAGGCCCGUGCAGAGGCUGAUGCCAAGAGAAAAGAAGCGGAGGAAGAACGCAAGGAGCGCAAGGCUGCAGAGGCCAAGAAGAGAGAAGAGGCCGAUAAGGCUCGCGCUGAGGCUGAAGCCAAGAGGAAAGAAGCAGAGGCAGAGCGCAAGGCUGCCGAGGCCAAGAAGAGAGAAGAGGCUGAGAAGGCUAGAUCUGAGGCUGAGGCAAAGAAGAAGGCAGCCGAGGAGGAGCGCAAGGCUGCAGAGGCCAAGAAGAAGGAAGAGGCAGAACAGGCCCGGGCGCAGGCUGAAGCACAGAAGAAGGCAGCCCAGGAGGAGCGCAAGGCUGCAGAGGCCAAGAAGAAGGAAGAGGCAGAACAGGCCCGGGCGCAGGCUGAAGCACAGAAGAAGGCCGCUGAGGAAGAGCGCAAGGCUGCAGAGGCCAAGAAGAAGGAAGAAGCAGAGAAGGCUCGGGCGCAGGCUGAAGCACAGAAGAAGGCCGCUGACGAACAGCGAAAGGCUGCAGAGGCCACGAAGAAGGAAGAGGCAGAGAAGGCUCGGGCGCAGGCUGAAGCGCAGAAGAAGGCCGCUGACGAACAGCGAAAGGCGGCAGAGGCCAAAAAGAAGGAAGAGGCAGAGAAGGCUCGGGCGCAGGCUGAAGCGCAGAAGAAGGCCGCUGAGGAAGAGCGAAAGGCAGAGGAGGCUAAAAAGAAGGCGGAAGAGGAAGCCAAAAAGAAGGAAGCAGAAGCAAAGAAGAAGAAGGAGGAGGACAAAGAGAAGGCCAAAAUAUCCAAGCUGCCAGAUGUUGUCCUUGCCCAGUCAUCCGAGGCGCGUAUUCAGGCCAAGGCAAAGUUUGACAAGGCUCUGCAAACCAUCAAGCAGAAGGCCAAGCAGGCUGAGGACAAAGACCGGGAGAUGAUUGGCAACAUCCAGAACUUGGACGGAAAGAUCAAGUCCACAAAGGACGCGUAUGACAAAGCAAAAGGCUCAGAGAAGGAUGCCAAACUCAAGGAGCUCAACAAGCUUCGUGAUGACAAACUCAUCGCCGAGAAAGCCAGGAAGGCUGCUGAGGCAGAGCUGCAAAGUGACAAGCGUGAGUUCAAGAAAGCCCAGAAGGACCUCGAGACAGCGGAGAAGAGCAUCCAAAGCUCCAAGCAAGACGUGAAGAGUGAGCUGGACAGGCUUCGCUCCAAGGACCGCCCAGUUUUGGAAAAGGCGCUAAAAGAGAGGAAGGAGAAGGCAGAUGCUGCACGAAGAUCUCAGAGUGAAGUGUCAGCCAGAGUCUUGAAAUUGGAGGCUGAAAAGAAGGACCUUGCUUCAAAGUUGCAGAGGGAGGAGGCCCAGCUGAAAGACGAGUUGGCAAAGGCUUGA